AUGUCGUCUUCACCUCCCGUUGCAAAAGCCAAUGAAGCACCUUCAACUUCGCGUCGUGUCGUACCCAGCAGGGCGAGCCAAGACCUGGACGGCAACGACCCUCCUGUCGCACGGAUGCGAACAUCUCGCGAAGUCGACGGCGAUACGGUCGAGUUGCGGAAGCUGUACCCCCACUCCCCCCAUGGCGGGCUUCUACCAUCAGAAGACGAAUUUUCAGACACUGGCAGCGAAGGCGAAGAGGACGAGUUGUAUAAGAGACGUCGGCUAAAGCGCACCGCCACACAAUCCAAAGACUACACGGACGAGGAAGAAGCGGCUGUUGUACGCAAGCUGGACCGCAAACUCGUGAUAUUUCUAGGCUUCUUGUACAUGCUGAGUUUCCUUGACCGCUCAAAUAUAGGGAACGCACGAAUCGCAGGACUCGAAAAGGACUUGUCGUUGUCGUCUUCACAGUACGACUGGCUUUUGACCGCGUUCUACAUCACGUAUAUUGGCUUUGAAUGGAUGAUUUUGCUAUACCGCAUACUGCCGGCACAUAUCUACAUCUCUCUCUGUGUGCUAUCCUGGGGUCUUGUAGCCAGUCUACAGAGCUUGACAACCUCAUUCGGCCAACUCCUCAUCCUACGAGGCUUUCUUGGAAUCACCGAGGCAGCAUUCGGCCCUGGCGUGCCGUUCUAUAUGACAUUCUUUUAUAAGCGCUCGGAACUGGCCUAUCGCGUCGGACUGCAGAUCUCCGCUGCACCACUGGCGACCAGUUUCGCAAGUUCGCUGGCUUGGGUGAUCGUCAAACUGAGCCAGAAUGGGCCCGUCGCGCCGUGGAGGGCAUUAUUUCUGGUGGAAGGGUUCCCAAGUAUCUUCACCGCCGUGGCAGCGUGGUACUGGAUCCCAGAUGCCCCUGCCAAAGCCAGAUACCUGAGCGCCAGGGAAAGAAAGGUCGCGGUCAUGAGGCUGCAGGCUGAACAGUCGACAACACUCUCCCACGACAGCUCGUCCUCGAGCGCGGUUGCCACAUUGGCUCAACGGCUCCAGGUUAAAGAGAUUCUGGCCACAGUCCUCGACCCCAAAUCCUACCUCACGGCUCUGAUGUUUCUGAGUGUGAACGUCUCGUUCAGCUCGUUGCCGGUCUUCCUGCCCACCAUCAUCAACAGCAUGUCCUUCUCUCCGCUGGCAUCACAAGCCCUUGCCGCUCCACCCUACCUAUUCGCCUUCGUUUUCGUGCUGCUCAUCGGUCGAUACAGCGACAAGAUGGCCGACUCAAGGUCUUUGUUCCUUAUCGGCGUGGCACUUCUCAGCGCCUUCUCGUACGCCGGGAUUGCCCUCGCCGGCUACCUACAUGAAGAGUUAGGCGAGACAGGAAGUAUAACGGUCCGCUAUGUCGCUGUAUUCGGCGCUGCUAUGGGGUUAUUUUCCUCGGUCACCCUUAUCAUUACGUGGACUCUGAACAACCAAUCCACAACCACAGGCAAAGGGACAGGACUGACCAUCUUGAAUAUCGUUGGACAGUGCGGUCCGCUGAUUGGUGUUCACUUGUUCCCGGAGAGACACGGGCCCUUUUACGUCCCUGGCAUGGCUGUUUGUGCAGGCUUCAUGGCGGUUGGUGUGGCAGGCUUGGCUUGGGUGCUGAGGUUAUUGCUCUGGAAGGAGAAUAACAAGAAUGGCAAGAAUGGUUUUGUAAGUGGGCGGGAGCAUGGGUUGGAUGGGGAGUAUGAGUUGAUGAGUAAAGAGGAGGAGGGAGGUGAAAGAGGAGAUGAGGACGCUGAACAGAGUUUGAUAGGGGGUUCGAGGAAGGUCCCUGGGAAGGCAUUUCGGUAUAUGCUAUGA